AUGGCUCAACCCCUCACCAUUCUCAACACCUCUUCUCAUUCACUCCAGCUAAUGCAAAUCCAAAGCUACAUCAUCGAGAACACAGUCACCAGCAAGUUCAACGGCCACGGAAUCGAGUUCAUCCCCCGCUCCGCCAUAUAUGCGCUGACCACCAAGACCAACAUCGAGGCCGUUGUCAACCAAGACCCAGACCUAAAGACGAUUUACUUCCCCGCACACAGCAAAGCCUUCUUCAGCAACCGCGUCUUCAACGAAGCCAAGCGCAUGUUCAUCAUGGUCAUGACACUGCGCCUGGGCAUGGACUUCCUCCGCAUCGCUCUCCGUCAAAGCCACAGCGGAGAUAAUCACCUACCUCUGUCAUAUGCCUUCCGCAUCCACGACGAGAACAACGUCUUCUGGGAUGACGGAGACGUAGUGAGGUUUCUAGAUGCGCAGGAGAUGGUUUGUGCGCCGACCUUCAGGGCGAGGCAGUUUGGCCAGAAGGCCGCAUUUCGUUCCUCGCUGCCGAUUGUGCAGGCGGAUAAGAUGGAGGGGCCUGGAGAUGAAGUGGUUUGGCGAGUGAGGUUCCAUCAAGAUUCUUUCAUUGGCGGGGGUUGGGGCCAAGACAUGGAGCAGACAUGGUUCACCGUGAAGAUGUUUGAGAGCGAGAACGAGGCGUUUGAGGACAUCAUGUGGGCUAGGGGCAUGUUUGGGUUCACCUGCGAGUACGUUUACUAUCUGGAGGUGACAUGGAAAGAAGACAACGACCAGAAGCUAUGUGCGGCCGGCUAG